CGACUCGGGCCCGGAGUCGGUUCGCCCAUUAGCGACCCAGACUCUCAAAUUUCACUCUCGACAGAACGACGAUACGCACAGGCCAUCGCACGGCCUCCACGCCGUUUCGCAUAGCGAGCGACUGGUACAGUAUAGUAUCGAACUAGAGCCAUGGCGACGUCGAAGAAACCUCAAAGCAACAUGGAAUAUCGACAGCGAGUGCAGCCAGUUACGACGAGCUAUCAGACGCCUUCGUCAUCGAACUCGACGAUCUCACUGGCACUCUCGUCGUCGAAUUUGGCCUCCCACUCUUCCAGCUCACCUCCCCAACUAAAAACGCCACCCCAGCGUACAGGACGUUUAAGCUCGCGUUAUCCUGAUCUAGGUCGCGUGCCUCUCCAUCGGCGGGGUACAUCCCAGACAUACGAGCGGCUGGAAGAUCUCCUGCGAGAGGCGGGAUACAAGGAAACACGUGUGUUUACGCCGGAAGCUGAGCGCAUCGAGCAUGCCGAGAGAAAGCGUCGGGAGGGCAGUCCUCAACGACGAAGUCUACGCGGUGUAGUGGGAUUUUUUGCCGGCCUGAUGCCUGGUGGCACCAGUGUGCCACCGUCAAGUCUCCGCCCGGACACGACCGAUGUACCACCACGGCCAAACGUUGAGAGGCGUCGAACUUAUUCACCGCCUUCUUCACCAGUUCAGCACCGUCUGGCGCAGAAACAGCGACAGAGGUCACCGUCGACCAUGCCAUCGACACCGGGGAGCACUUCGUCCAUGGAAUGUGCCGGGCCAACACCCAAGGCCAGCUAUCAAAGUCCGCGACAGAUUUCACGGAACACCGAAUAUAUGCAACAGCCCUCUUCAAGGUUUUAUGCGUUUACUAAUAAUCCUUCUUCCACUUCAUUACAUUCUCAACGACUGCCGAAUUCACCCGCCAUGUCAAGGCGUAAUCCUAACGCUCCUUCACAUUUACCGUCAUCAACACAAUACGCUCCUUCAAAUCGUCUUUCCCACAAGCCAUCGGAGCCCAUUAUGCAACCUCAGCCUUCUCGUGCAGGCGCUUAUCUCCGGCAUAUGGCUUCGGUUGCGAAUCUGCCACAGCGCCCCAGGUCUACUCCACCUGCGAAUCUUAAAGAAGUUAAAGAAGAAGCCGCACCACCCCUUCCUCAUACAUGGCUGGAAACUGUUGCUCGUGCAGUAAUGUACGGCGGCAUAGGAUACAUUGGUGGGCCAAAAGAGGAGCCCCCACCCUCACCUUCACGAGGAAGACUGCCGCCGCCCAUAUUUAUGACACAGAUGUCGAAGCGACGAUCGCGGCGUAGCGUAGGUGAGGUCAGUCGGACUAGAGUCUCCUGUCAUAGUGCUCCAUCAAGUCGGGCUACUUCUAGGACAAGGGAUGGCGAGCGAGAGGAGAAGAUACCAAACCCCAGGGAGCGAGGCAGAAAGAAAAAAGGCAACGCAAACUUGCCGACCCUCGCCAGGACAAGGGUAGAGGGCGAGCCUACCGAAUGGGCCAUUGCCACUGCUCCUCCGAAAUUGGCCGUCAACGGGCACCGAUACCUCAGAAGCUGGGGGAUAGAUCCCGAAACCGACCAUGAUGAGAGCAGUGAUGAAGAAGAUGGAGAGCUUAAUCUGGCACGGAUAUUGGUUCCGCCCAAACGACAACAAUCGAUACGGAGCCUAAGAAAGCACUUGGCCGAUAAUCCCGAGCCAAGUCGGCGGGCCUUGAGUGGACGUAUCUAUGGCUCCGUGAGCAGUAACUAUGGAAACUGGGACGAGAGCGAGAGUCAGAGCCGCUGGGGAUGGGUUACUCGACGCGAACCGAUGCGGCGUGGAUCGCUGGAGGAAGAUGAGAACCCCAGUUUGUACUCUGGAUUCCUAACGGCGGAGGGAUCAACGAGAUCCAUUGCGAGCAGCAAGAAUAGAGUUGGACUACCAUCGGGUUGGAGUUAAUCAAGCCACUAUGUCUCAGCAUUAUAACAUUGGCGGGGUACCACGGAAUUUACUUCUACCUCUUUCAUGCAUCUCCUUGUACUUAUCUUCGACAUUCACCCUCAUUUACAUUACUUAUUAUCAUGCUACCCUAGUACACACGCAGUUUAUCAUUGGAAUCCUACAGCCGGUCAUUACUACGCCACUCCAGCAUGGAGCCUAAAACUCGGC